AUGUCCGAUAAUAUUGACAUUAUCAUUAAAUCAUCAGGAGAUGCCAAGUAUGAAUUGAAUGUAUCACCAUCGCUAACAAUCUUGGAAUUAAAGAACUUAAUAGCUGAGAAAGCAUCUAUUGAGGCAGGACGGCAAAGAUUGAUUUAUUCAGGAAAGGUCUUAAAAGAUACGGAGACAAUCGCCUCAUACAAGGUUCAAUCGGGUCAUACUAUUCACUUAGUCAAAAGUGCUGGAGGAUCAAAACCAGCAGGGGCUCAGCAAUCGUCUUCUACAAGUAGUGAUAAUGGUACUAACAAUACAUCGCCAACACCAAAUGUUCCCUCUAAUAUUGCCGCUGGUCAAGGUUCAUUCAAUCCGUUGGCAGAUCUCACUGGUGCACGCUAUGCUGGGUAUUCUCAGCUUCCUUCGGCGUCCAUGUUUGGACCUGAUGGAGGAAUGAAUUCAGGAAUGCCUGACCCUGAACAGCUUUCUCUGAUGAUGUCCAAUCCAAUGUUUCAAGAAAGUAUGAAUUCGCUCUUAUCUAAUCCUCAGAUGUUGGACUAUAUGAUAAAUCAGAAUCCCCAAUUGAGAGCAAUGGGUCCACAAGCGAGAGAAAUGCUACAAAGUCCAUUUUUCAGGCAAAUGCUCUCAAAUCCUGAGUUAAUGAGAUCGAUGAUGGAGAUGAGCAGAGGCUCUGGAAUGGGUGGAUUUGGUGGUGGUGCCCUGCCUUCUGCUUUUCCUGCUCCUGGCGAAAACCCUACUGUUGGUUCAGAAACAACAGAGUCUACAGAAACCUCUAAUCCAAAUGCUACUAACCAGAGCCCAAGUAAUGCUGCCGCUAAUCCGUUCGCUUCUUUGUUUCCCAAUGGUAUGCCACCUGUUGAUCCUUUCUCUAUGUUUGGUGGUGGUGGUGCUGCUGCUUCCCCUCCUGAUAACCGUCCUCCAGAAGAGCGCUACGAAGCUCAAUUGCGACAACUUAAUGACAUGGGAUUCUUUGAUUUUGACAGAAAUGUCGAGGCCUUGAGAAGAACUGGAGGAAGUGUCCAAGGUGCGAUUGAAUACCUCUUGAGCAACACAUGA